GUUUCCGAAAGUAUUCUUCCUAAUUGCUCUUCACAACUUGAUAUCACAUUGCAAAGUGCCAAUUACGAUAAAAAAUCUCGGAUCCCUACCACUGAAUCGUGGCAAAAUGAGGUGCUUUUACUUCUUUCUGCUGUCUGUUUCAUUAGCAAGCAGCCUUAAUCUAACGCAUGAGGAAUACAAACGGUACUGGCAGGAGUGGAAGUCUUUCUACGGCAAAUCAUACAAGUCAGACAUUUUGGACCAAGCGCAUUUUAUAGUGUGGAAGAAUAAUUUAGAGCGGAUUCAAAAGCACAACUCCGAAGGACACUCGUACACCCUGGCGAUGAACCAGUUCGGUGAUCUGACAGUCGAUGAAUACCGCUCUUUUUUCCCUGGCUCUGAGUCUCGUCUCUACAAAGAAACAAAACGUCAUGGGUCGUCCUUCUCUCUUUCCAGUGGAGUAACUCAGCUACCUGAUACUGUUGACUGGAGAACAAAGGGAUACGUUACUCCAGUGAAGAACCAAGGUAAGCUUCCGCUUCUCGUUUACGUAAUUCGUACUACCUACACGUACACUCCUCAUGUUUCGCCUCCUCCCUUUUUCAAAUGUUGUAACCACGUGACAGCGUCGCCAAAGCCCGUUUCAACAUCGAUUGGGGUAUGUAACUUAAUGAUAUUUAUAAUUUGCUGGAUGUCAUUUUCUUCUAGGUACGUCAAAGAAAACUGUGGUAUUGACACCGAGGUCGGCUACCCGUACCCAUGUCACAAGACCUGCUGUUACGACAAAGCUUAUGUAGGUGCCACAUGUACUGGCUACGUUGACAUUAAAACAGGAAGUGAGGCUGCCCUUCAAUCAGCUGUAGCCGAAGUUGGCCCGAUCUCUGUUAUAAUCGACGCUAGUCAUGAAUCUUUCCAGUUUUAUAGAAGCGGAGUGUACAACGAGCCUGACUGCAACGGUUCUCGGCUUCUGGAUCACGCUGUACUUGUUGUUGGGUAUGGAACCUAUCAAGGCCAGGACUACUGGCUGGUCAAGAACUCCUGGGGGACUGGCUGGGGAAUGGAAGGUUACGUCAUGAUGUCAAGAAACAAGGACAACCAGUGUGGAAUCGCUACACUUGCUAGCUAUCCGCUCGUGUAAUUUACUAAUACGUGUACUGAAAUAUCUUUGUAGCCAAGUCAUAUUUCACAUAGCAAACUGGAAUUUUGGAGUCAAUUUAUCAGUCACUUUACAUGAGUACAAAAUUAAUCGUGAAAUGAGCGCAAGUUUCUGUUUUGAAUUUGGGUUUUACACACUUUCCAAAUAAAUUUUUAUAAUAUGUUAGAAAUAUGCCUAAGGCUUAGAUUUUGUUAAAUAUGUUAAUGGAAAUUAAAAGGCAAUAAAACCACAUGUUGUUAUGACGAGUAAUGUA